CUCGCGCAUGCGAUUAAAAUUUAAUUAUUUGGCUACAGACAGCUGUAGCCAAUUUUCAAGUGGAAAAAUGGCAAAUACAUUACUUGGUUCAGUAUUCAAAAAAUCCCCUGUCUCAGUUUCCAAUCUCUUCUUUAAAAACAGUAGAGCAUUCAUAUCCAUUAGUUCUGAUAAAAAAGCUAAAUGGUACCCUGACUCAGAAUGGGCAUCGCAAUUUGCUGGCCCUUUGAUGUACCCUGACGAAGUCACGAAGCAUUGGAAAUUGGAACCACAUAGGGCCAAAAAAGCACCCACCGAGAAGGAAUGCAAGAACAUUGUUUUGAAUUUUGGCCCCCAACACCCUGCCGCUCACGGUGUGCUUCGUUUGGUCUUAGAAUUAGAUGGAGAGAUUGUCAAAAGAGCCGAUCCCCAUAUCGGUCUGUUGCAUCGGGGAACAGAGAAAUUGAUUGAAUAUAAGACAUAUACUCAGGCUUUGCCAUAUUUCGAUCGUCUUGAUUAUGUAUCAAUGAUGUGCAACGAGCAAUGCUACAGUUUAGCUGUUGAAAAGUUGCUCAAUAUUGACGUUCCCAUCAGAGCCAAAUACAUCAGAGUUCUAUUUGCUGAGAUUACUCGAAUUUUGAACCAUUUGAUGGCUGUUAGUACCCAUAUUUUGGAUGUUGGAGCUAUCACCCCUUUGUUUUGGCUAUUUGAGGAGAGGGAAAAAUUAAUGGAGUUUUAUGAGAGAGUCUCAGGUGCUAGAAUGCAUGCGGCGUAUAUAAGGCCUGGAGGGGUGUCUUUGGAUUUGCCAAUAGGUCUCAUGGAUGACAUUCAUGAUUGGGCUAUGAGAUUCAAUGAGAGGUUAGACGAGGUUGAAGACGUCGUAACAUCCAACAGAAUCUGGGUACAAAGAACGGAGAAUAUUGGAGUUGUUUCUGCUGAAGAUGCUUUGAAUUUGGGCUUCAGUGGAGUCAUGCUCAGAGGUUCAGGGAUCAAAUGGGAUCUUCGUAAAGUUCAGCCUUAUGACGCAUAUGAUUUAGUUGAAUUUGAUGUGCCGAUUGGUACAAAAGGUGACUGCUAUGACAGGUAUUUGUGUAGAGUUGAAGAGAUGCGACAAUCUCUCAGAAUUAUCGAUCAGUGUCUGAACAAAAUGCCUGCUGGAGAAAUCAAAACGGACGACGCUAAAGUGACACCACCAAGUAGGGCAGAAAUGAAGACUUCUAUGGAGGCGUUGAUUCAUCAUUUCAAACUGUUCACUCAGGGCUAUCAAGUACCCCCUGGUUCAACAUAUACAGCGAUUGAGGCUCCGAAAGGAGAAUUUGCUGUUUAUUUAGUAUCCGAUGGAAGUUCAAGGCCUUAUAGAUGCAAGAUCAAAGCUCCAGGUUUUGCUCAUUUAGCAGCUUUAGAAAAGAUUGGGAAAAACCACAUGUUAGCCGAUAUUGUAGCUAUUAUUGGUACUUUGGAUGUUGUAUUCGGUGAAAUCGAUCGAUAAAUAGAUAAUUACGGGCAAUAUAUAUUCAGUAUCAAUAAUUCUUGAAGUUAUUAAUAGGGAAAACAUUAAUGUAUAAAACAUGCAUUCAAACUUUAUUCAAAAAAUUGUAUAUAAUAAAGAAUCUUUUUUUCAAACCAACCUGUAAUUCAAUAAAUAAACACCGAUUUUAA